CACCGAUUGUCACAUAGUACGAGCCCUCGCCAUUGGGGGUGAGGGUUGUACAAUUCUCCAUCGGUGUGGACGCGUCCGGAUGCGGUGGUUUGGUGAGUGGAAUGAGCGGCGUUCAGUGGAGCGGGAACCGAUUUGUUUAAAGGAUGCAGCGGGCAGAGUGACAUCCCGCACGCCGGCCUGGCGCAGGAGCGGGGAUGGUGACAAUUGUCAGCAGAAAACAAGAUGGCAUUUCAGAAGAUUGCUGGAGGGGCACUUCUUCUUGGGGGCAGCACGCUGACAACUAUUUUAGGUCUUUCCCAGAUAAUUGACAGCAGGACAAAGAGGGCCUGCCUUUCUUAUGUUGAAGCAUCAGAACUGUUAAACAAGGAAUAUCCUCAAACUGAACUCCCAUCCAGAGAAGCUCAACUGUACACUUUACGGACCGCCAAGGAAUUUGAUGUCCUUAUUAUUGGGGGAGGGGCAACGGGAUCUGGCUGUGCUCUGGAUGCUGUUACUAGGGGUCUCAAAACUGCACUGAUAGAGAGAGAGGACUUUUCUUCUGGAACAAGUAGCAAAAGCACUAAACUUAUACAUGGAGGAGUGCGAUAUCUACAGAAAGCAUUCAUAAAUUUGGAUUAUGAGCAGUAUAAACUAGUGCGAGAAUCACUACGAGAACGUGCCAAUUUGCUUGAAGUUGCUCCUCAUACUGCAAGACAGUUACCUAUAAUGCUUCCUCUUUACAAGUGGUGGCACUUACCUUAUUACUGGGCUGGGAUAAAGAUGUAUGAUUUUGUGGCUGGAAGUCAGUGUUUGACAAGCAGUUACAUCCUUACCAAGUCAAGAGCUCUGGAACUAUUCCCUAUGCUGAAAAAAGAAAAGCUUCUAGGAGCUGUUGUGUACUAUGAUGGACAACACAAUGAUGCACGAACGAACCUUGUGAUUGCUCUCACUGCCGCCAGGUAUGGUGCUGCCAUAGCCAAUUACGUUGAAGCGGUGAAGCUCCUGAAAAGCACGGACCCGGACACUGGCAAACAGUAUGUAUGCGGUGCCGAGUGCAAGGAUGUUGAAACAGGGGAAUUGUUUCAAGUGAGGGCCAAAUGUGUUAUCAACGCUACUGGACCUUUCACAGAUACGUUGCGUGAAAUGGAUGAUAAAGGAGUCAAGAAGAUUUGUCAGGGCAGUACUGGCGUACACGUUGUCUUGCCUGGCUACUAUAGCCCUGGAGCAAUGGGACUGCUGGAUCCAGCAACUAGUGAUGGCAGAGUUAUAUUCUUCUUACCUUGGGAAGGAAUGGUCAUUGCCGGAACCACUGAUACACCGACGGAGAUCACAACUAAACCAAUUCCACACGAGGAAGAGAUUAACUUCAUUCUCAGUGAAAUACGCAAUUAUCUGAGUCCUGAUGUCGAAGUAAGAAGAGGAGAUGUGCUCGCAGCUUGGAGUGGCAUUCGACCACUGGUGUCUGAUCCCAACUCAAAGGACACUCAGUCAAUCUCUCGCAAUCAUGUUGUGACAGUGACUGACAGCAAGCUGGUGACUAUUGCAGGUGGUAAAUGGACCACUUACCGUAUAAUGGCAGAGGAUGCAAUAAAUGCUGCUGUCAAAUCUUGUAACCUGAACACAACAGAACCAUGCAAGACGGUUGGACUGCUACUAGAAGGAGCCCAUGACUGGUCUCCCACUCUUCACAUCAGAUUGGUGCAAUACUAUGGUCUGGGUGCCGAGGUAGCACGCCAUCUUGCCUCUACCUAUGGGGGAAGAGCAUUUGAGGUGGCUAAGUUGGCUCAAGUUACGGGAAGGAAGUGGCCUUUAGUUGGUAAACAUUUGGUUGCUGACUUCCCAUACAUUGAAGCAGAGGUACGAUAUGCCGUGAAAGAGUACGCACGCACUGCUGUGGACAUCCUUGCACGCCGAACACGACUAUCUUUCCUGAAUGUGCAGGCUGCUGAAGAUGCUCUUCCCCGCAUUGUGGAAUUAAUGGCUGCGGAACUGAACUGGAGUGAGAAACGGAUUCAGGAUGAGCUAAAGGCCGCAGAGGAAUUUCUGUACUAUGAAAUGGGUUACAAAGUUCGAUCCGAUCAAUUACGCAACACUGAAAUAAACCUGUCACCUGCAGAUGUCGACAGGUAUAAGAAAAGGUUCCAAAAAUUUGAUGAUGACAGGAAAGGUUUUAUCACAACGCUUGAUGUCCAGCGCGUAUUAGAGAGUGUUGGUUAUCAGGUGGAUGAGGCAACUCUGCAUGAAAUGCUAACGGAGGUUGACAUAAACAAGAAUGGGCAGGUAGAGCUAAUUGAAUUCUUGCAGUUGAUGAGCGCAAUCCAGAAUGGCUCUGUGUCUGGAAGCAGAUUGGCUAUUUUGAUGAAGGCAGCUGAAGAGAACCUGAACAAAGAAUGUUCGAUUCCCGUAUACCGCAGUGGAGGGGGCCUCUGAGUUUUGGUUCACCAAAUGAACCAUUAGCCACAUGGAAAAGUAUUCUCCUCAGCGGCCAUCGCCACUGCUGCUGCGAAGCUUAGUGUUGCCAGCACUUCUCCUUUUGCACCGUCGAGGAUUCACCCCAUCAGAACAUAAUGUAUUAAAUUCUGUAACUUCUGUCUUAACAUCAUUACUUUGAACAUUACACUUGAGUAAAUGCACUAAAUAAUUCCAACAGCUUUAAAUGCAGUGUAAGCUUUUAUAAUUCAAGCAACUGGAAACAAAAGUUUGUAUUUUAAUAUGAGAUUAACUUAACUUUUCCCUUUUAUGGGAAUAGAUAUAUGUGUGCCAAUGUGGUUGAUGUAAAAUAACUCAUAAACUCUCACUUUUUAUGGGCAUUAUCUCACAAGGAUAAGUUUUUUCCCAUUAAUUUCAUUUGAGCUUGAAUUACUGAUGUCAGCAUUCUGCUACUACUGUCCAUUAUCAAGAUCACAUGUUACCAAACCGGAUAAUUCAGUGGCUUCAAAAUACCUAAUGUUGCAAUCAGCCUUUGAAAGAGUGAAGUUUCUCUCAUCUUAUAAUGGGCUAAUAAGUAUCCAUUUUUAUAAUGAUUAUCAAUUGUAUUUCUUUCAAGCUGUUCAAUAACUAACCAUUUAACUAUAUGUUUACUGGGAGUUAUUGAUAUUUUUAAUUGUAUAAUAUGUACGGGACAAUGAAUGGUAAUUUGCCAGGAAAGAAAUUGGGUCUUCGAGCAGGAAAUGAAAGUAGAGGGGGCUCGUGUUGCUGUUCACCACUUUAGGAGCAUCUAGAGCAGGUGUUCCCAACCUGGGAACAUGGGACUCCUCGGUUCAUGGUAGGAGUCCAUAGCAUAAAAAUGGUUGGUGAUCACUUGAUCUAGAGUUAUUGGAUUUUGCCAUGAAACAAAUCCAUUAAUGAAAGAAGCAUCUCUUAAAGAAGCCAUUAGAGGCCACCAGAAAAAUAUUAAGCAUCCCUUUAUGUGCAGAGUAGGAAGACAGUGUAAUCCUUCACGGUCGUGCCAAUACUGUCCUACACUACCAUCACUCCUCAGGACUGAGCUCUCCCACAAUGACCAAUUACUGCUGCAAGAGACUUCACUGACGCCAGCAGCUUGCUGUGAUGGCUAAGUGGCAACUUGGAAUCAGGAUUCAGAAGCAAAAUGCUGCAGAUGCUGGAAAUCUGAAGUUGAAACUGAAGAUGCUGUAAAGUCUCAGGAGGUCAGCAACCAACACUGGCGAGUGAAAUCAGACAACAUUUCACAUUGGUGACCUUUGAUUAGAACCAUACAUAUAUAUCAUGGAUAAUCCUUUGCAUUCUAGUUAUCUAUUUAGGCAAGCUAGUCAACUGCUUACUCAAUUGACCUCCAAAAAUGUGAAGUAAUUAUUGCAGACUUGAUUACUUCAUCCUAUGGGUGCUUUUGUAAAGUUGCCCACAUCUUCUGAAUGGACCAAAACUGUGAACAUCUGCUAUUCAGCUGGUAAAAUACAAACAAUAUAAGUGUGGCAAUGAGGUAGUAAUCAUGGAGAACCUAUGGCUCUUAUUUUAACACCAGGACUGAGGCAGAAGUAUUUCAAGUCCAGGGUAUUUUAUUGCAAAUUCCCCUUCCCCCAUCCACUCAGUGCCCCUCACAAGGAAGGGGUCCGGGAGUUCAGUUGACCUUGACCGCUAACUAAAAUGCAGAUAGGUGGCAGAUGGAGGUUGACAGAUAGCCUUGAUGGGAGGAGGUGGAGAAUGUGAUCCUGCAGAUCCCGGUGUGUCUGGCUGAGCUGUAACCUUGUUGGAGAGACUACUUUUUGGCUAAGCUGUCAUUAGGACUCAAUUGAUCUGAUAGCCCAGGUGAGCAGUUGUGCCCAAAUUUGGGCGGUUCUUUCCACUAUCAUAAUCAAUGCUCCGAAAUUAGAGAUUGGUGACACCAGAGCAGUAAUUGAAGAGACAAUACUUUAGCUAUCUUCCACAGAACCAUAGAACAUUACUGCACAGAAACAGGCCUUUUGGCUGUGCCAAACCAUCUUUCUGCCUAGUCCCACUGACCUGCACCUGGAUCAUAUCCCUCCAUUCCCCUCAUCCAUGUAUCUGUCCAAGUUUUUCUUAAAUGUCAAAAGUGAGCUCGCAUUUACCACUUCAUCUAGCAGCUCAUUCCACACUCCCACCACUCCCUGUGUGAAGAAGCCCCCCAUAAUGUUCCCUUUAAAGUUUUCCCCCUUCACCCCUUAACCCAUGUCCUCUGGUUUUAUUUCCUCCCCUAGCCUGUUUGGGGAAAAAGCCUGCUUGCAUUCACUCUAUUUAUACCCAUCAUAAUUUUAUAUACUUCUAUCAAAUCUCCCCUCAUUAUUCUAUGCUCCAGGGAAUAAAAUACUAACCUAUUCAACCUUUCUCUGUAACUCAGUUUCUCAAGUCCCGGCAACAUUCCCGGUAAACCUUCUCUGCACUCUUUCAACCUUAUUAAUAUCCUUCCUGUAAUUCGGUGACAAAACUGCAUACAUUACUCCAAAUUCGGCCUCACCAAUGCCUUAUAUAACCUCACCAUAACAUUCCAAUUCUUAUACUCAAUACUGAUUUAUAAAGGCCAAUGUACCAAAAGCUCUCUUUAUGACCCUAUCUACCUGUGACGCCACUUUUAGGGAAUUUUGUAUCUGUAUUCCCAGAUCCCUCUGUUCCACUGCACUCCACAGUGUCCUACCAUUUACCUUGUCUGUUAUACCUUGGUUUUUACUUCCAAAGUGCAAUACCUCACACUUGUCUGUAUUAAACUCCAUCUGCCAUUUGUCAGCCCAUUUUUCCAGCCGGUCCAAAUCCCCCUGCAAGCUUUGAAAACCUUCCUCACUGUCCACUACACCUCUACUCUUUGUAUCAUCAGCAAAUUUGCUGAUCCAAUUUACCACAUUAUCAUCCAGAUCAUUGAUAUAGAUGACAUACAGCUGACAUUCCCUCUGCCAUACAGCUGUAAUAUAUUUUGUGUUGUACUUUUAUACCUAUGCAAAUGAUUGCAUGCAUUGGGCAUAUUAAAGCACAGACCACAGUGUAAAGGCUGAACCCUCUUCUGUGUUUGGGAUUAUGAUGGGGAAUGAUAGAUCAUACAUCCCUACAAGCUUUCACUGAAGUAUACCUUCCCUAUUUGGACUGUGAAGAAUCACUGUGCAGGGGAAACCUUGUUAUCCAUUCAUAGUCAUAAUUUCUUCCAACAACCCAAUGAUUUCCAUUAUUGCCUCAGCUAUCCACACAUCUGUUGUACAGUGGAUGCCUACUUUUCUUAAAGACAGGUCUGAAAGAAACAAACAUCUUUUGUUGAAAUAAACGUCUACCUUCCACAUAAAUGGGAAGAAAAAAACUAGUGUGCAUUGAAUCAUAAAAGAGGAAAUCUGCAGAUGCUGGAAAUCCAAGCAACACACACAAAAUGCUGGAGUAACUCAGCAGGCCAGGACCUGCAUAGAGUCUCAGCCCAAAACGUCGACUGUACUUUUUUCCACAGAUGCUGCCUGGCCUGCUGAGUUCCUCCAUCAUUUUGUAUAUGCUGCGUGCAUUGAAUUGUAGGUGGCCUGAUUGGGCUUCCAUGUCUGGCUGUGAGUGUAUCCCGUAAUUUGCUUUAUAGAAUACUAGAUAAUAACCAACAUCUGAAGAAAUACAACUUAGAUUAUUUAAAUAAAAGUAAAUUGCCUUUAUUACUUCAAUCACUGAAAUUGAAAGACCCAUAGACUGCAAUAUGAAAUAUUAAGAAUCUCUUAAAUACUGUGUUCAUGUGUUUGUUCUCUUGAUGUGAGUGCAUUGUUGUGUGACCACAGAGGCGAAUAGAAAUCUACACAAUAUGCAUUUCUGACACAACCUUCAAAUUCAAUUCCAGCAAGACUUCCUUCCCAGUUUUUAAACAAAAUUUAAAGUGAAAUUCUAAUGCCUUUUUUGUGAUAUUUCUUGUGAUGUUUGGGAGUUAAGAUGAUGGUUUAUUCAAAGUCUUUACAUCAGUUUCCUUUUAUUUUUGAUUGGUGCUCUUCCUAAUUUAUUUUUUGAACUGUUGAUUUUGUAUUUAUCAGGUUAUACUGUGAACAACCACUGAUCACACUUCACAAUACAAAUGAGGAAAGAAUACCCCACAAAUGGCACAAUGUUACAAUGAACGUCAAAGCAAUAACAGGGAUUUACAAUGUAAUUGUUUUAUUGUAACCAAAAAUCAAACACAUCUUUCCAGGAAACUUCAGGAAAGUUACUUUGUACAUGAAGAUAAUGGAUCUUUUCAAACACAUUGUUAAAAGAUAUUUCUGGAUGUCUGACUGCCUAUUCUGCACAAAGUACUGGGUUUAGAUUAGAUUCAGAUUUCUCUAUGCACAAACUAAACUCAUUCUUCAGAACUUUGUAUCAUUUAUUUAAGAAUUUCCAUGUUCUUUAGUUAAGUAAUAAAUGGUUUGUGCAAAUUAUGUGUAUAAUGUGUAGAAUGUAUGUAGCGCAAUAUUUAACUGGGAAAAAAUAUUCAGGUGUACUUGGUUUUUACUGUGGAAAUGUGGGCUAUCUACUUUUUCUUAUUGUUUAAGAACAGAUUUAUGAAUAAGGUUAGGACAUCCCCAGGAGUUUUGCUUACUGUCUAGAGAUAAUCUACCUGAAAUUAAUCUUAACUUUUAGUGUGUUAAGGAUCGGUUUGAUUGUACUGUGCUUUUUUGUUGAUGCACAUUUAUAACAAUCUUAGUAGCAGGCACCUUUACUUAAAUUUGUUGAAUAUAAGACUAUCUUUACGUUUAAAUAAUAACUGAGAAUUUUUUAAAAAAUCAUAUGAUUCAGUAUCAGUUUUUCAAAACAGACAAUUCCUCCCCCAAAGUGGUUUCUUAGUUAAAAUAAUACUUGCCAACAUUUGAAGAGAUUAAUUAAUUUGAAAGUCUUCAUGAUACUAGGUGUUCAAAUUCAUUUGUACUGAGGAGCAACCAGCAAACUGUGGAAAAUAAUGCUGAAGAACAAAAUAUUCCUCUACAUAUGAUGGUUCUGCAGAAUUUUAUAUUCAUCCUCAACACCUUGUUGUGAAUCAGUCUGUUAAUAUUGUGACGUCUGUAUUUUAAUGUUUGUGGGUUUUGCUAGCAAGAUUCUCCUUUGGAGAUUUAAAUGAGUCGCAUGCAAUUUUGAAAUAUUUUCCGAAUGUGCCUUGUUUUUAACUGAGAAAGAUUUUAAGGAUGUGAAUCAACAUCUGAUGUGUGGAGCAGUAACUAGUUCUGUUUAUUCCCAAAUAUAAUAAAAUACCUAUACA